AUGAAGAUAUCAUCAGCCGGAGGCCAGCAUGGGAAAGCCUACCUCUUCAAUACCGUCGUCAACAUCGAGACGGGCGAGCCGAGCGAGCGAAACAUGACGACUGGACGCCACAUUGUGCGCGAUAUAACUUGCAAGCAGUGCAAGGAGACUGUUGGCUGGAAGUACGACAAGGCAUACGAGGCGACUGAAAAAUACAAGGAGGGCAAGUUCAUCCUCGAGGCUGAGCUGCUUUGCAACGUCACCUAA